GGAAUACAACUCGAAUAAAGUUACGCGUUCAAGAUUUAUUUUUAGGAAUUGUGGGAUUGAAAUGGCGGCUUGCUACAAUACAUUUGUGAUUCUUCGUGGAGCUAUAAUCAGCCUAGAAUAACCAUUAUGUCUGAACCAUUAUAGUUGGCAUCGUUUCAAUAUUUUCCAUUUAAACCGUUUCAGGACUAAACACACAUUUUUGGGAAUGGAAGUGGAUGCCUGUUUGCAUCGGCUGGAAGGCAGUGACCCAAAUGAACAAGUAGGGGGGUUGGUUGUGCGCAAAAAGAGUGCUGCAGCUGAGCAGCAUAUAUUUCGAGCCCCAACUCCCCGAACCUCUCUGCUGGGUCUUGAUUUGCUGGCUGCACAGAAACGCAAAGACAGAGAGGAGAAAAAUAAACAGGAGGAAUUGGAGGAGAAGUGGAAAAAGAAAUCCAAGGUGUCCUCAUACCGUGAUUGGGAAGAAGGCCAAGAAGACUCUAGCUCAGAUGAAGAGAAUGACAACAAAGAUGUGGUAGACAACAGAAGGGAAAGAAAAUAUAGAGUUACAGGUUCAGAGACCCCCUCAAAUCCUGGAGGUGUUAGUGAGGAAUUCAGACAAAGACACCAGAAGAGGGAGCGAGAUCGUAGAGAACAUGGAGUUUAUGCUUCAUCCAAGGAAGAUAAAAAACGAGAGCGAGAGAAAACCAGAGAACGUGAACGGAGCCAUCGAAGUGAACGAGAUGACUGGGAUCGCAGUUACAGAAGCAGCAGCAAUAGCCGCUCAGAGCGAGGGGAUCGGAGUGAGCGGGAUCAUUCAGAGAGAAGUAACAAGGGUGGAAGGAGAGAUGAGCCAGAUACUCCUCGACAUCGACCUAAAGAUUCUGCUACACCAUCUCGUUCAAGCUGGGAUGAAGAUGAUAGUGGGUAUGGAAGCUCUAGAUGUUCUCAGUGGGAAUCACCAACACCAUCCCGUAGAGAAUCUGAGAGGAGCCAGCUCACACCUUCAAGUCGAGGGAGUGAGAGAAAGGACAGGGAUAGAUCUGUGAAGAGUCGAUACCCUGAUGAUACUCCUCUGCCAACCCCUUCUUACAAAUAUAAUGAGUGGGCCAAUGACAGAAGACAUUUAGGAUCUACUCCACGACUCUCCCGUGGUAAAGGGAGAAGGGAGGUAGGCGAAGAUGGAAUCACUUUUGAGAAUGAAGAGGAAAAAGAACAGUGGGAAGAGGAUCAGAGGCAAGCAGACCGUGAUUGGUACAUGAUGGAUGAAGGUUAUGAUGAGUUCCAUAAUCCUCUCACCUCAAGUUCAGAUGAUUAUGUAAAAAAAAGGGAGCAAAUUCUGCAAAAACAGACCCAGAAACGUAUCUCUGCAAAGAAGCGACAAAUUAAUGAGGAUAAUGAACGAUGGGAAACUAAUCGCAUGUUGACCAGUGGUGUGGUACAACGUUUGGAGGUGGAUGAAGAUUUUGAAGAGGAUAACGCAGCAAGAGUUCACCUUCUUGUACAUAAUUUAGUGCCACCAUUCUUAGAUGGGAGGAUAGUCUUCACUAAACAACCUGAACCUGUUAUCCCAGUUAAAGAUGCUACAUCAGAUAUGGCCAUCAUCUCCCGUAAAGGAAGUCAGCUUGUCCGCAAGCAUCGUGAACAAAAAGAACGUAAAAAGGCUCAACAUAAACAUUGGGAGUUGGCGGGAACUAAACUUGGAGACAUCAUGGGUAUCCAGAAGAAAGAAGAUGAUGAUGCUCAGACCAGAGCUGUGGGUGAAGAUGGCAGUGUGGACUAUAAGACUGAGCAGAAAUUUGCUGAGCAUAUGAAAGAGAAAAGUGAAGCUAGCAGUGAAUUUUCCAAAAAGAAGACUCUAUUGGAGCAAAGACAAUACCUUCCAAUCUUUGCAGUUAGGCAGCAGUUACUCAACAUAAUCAGGGAUAACAGUAUUGUUAUUGUUGUGGGUGAAACUGGCAGUGGAAAGACCACACAGCUUACACAAUACCUGCAUGAAGAUGGUUACACCCAGUACGGCAUGGUAGGGUGCACACAGCCACGAAGGGUUGCUGCCAUGAGUGUGGCCAAGAGAGUGAGCGAGGAACAUGGAUGUAGUUUGGGAGAUGAGGUGGGCUAUGCCAUUCGCUUUGAGGACUGUACUUCAGAAAAAACAGUUAUCAAAUAUAUGACUGAUGGCAUUCUUCUAAGGGAGUCUUUGCGUGAGUCAGACUUGGAUCAUUACAGUGCAAUCAUUAUGGAUGAGGCUCAUGAAAGAUCUCUUAAUACUGAUGUACUGUUUGGCCUCCUCAGAGAGGUAGUUGCAAGACGAUCAGAUCUGAAGUUAAUAGUAACGUCAGCAACCAUGGAUUCUGAUAAAUUUGCUGCUUUCUUUGGGAAUGUUCCAAUAUUUCACAUUCCGGGAAGAACUUUCCCAGUAGAUAUUCUCUUCAGUAAGACACCUCAGGAGGACUACGUUGAAGCUGCAGUGAAGCAAGCCCUUCAGAUACAUUUAAGUGCAGUGCCAGGAGACAUUUUGAUUUUCAUGCCAGGUCAAGAGGACAUUGAGGUUACAUCAGACCAAAUUGUUGAGAGACUCGAAGAUCUGGAAAGUGCACCACCACUUGCUGUUUUACCUAUCUAUUCUCAAUUGCCCUCUGACUUGCAGGCUAAGAUCUUUCAAAAAGCUCCAGAUGGUGUACGGAAGUGCAUUGUGGCAACAAACAUUGCAGAAACCUCCCUGACAGUGGAUGGAAUCAUGUUUGUCAUUGACUCUGGCUAUUGCAAAUUAAAGGUGUUUAACCCCCGGAUUGGCAUGGAUGCAUUACAGGUAUACCCCAUCAGUCAGGCUAAUGCAAACCAAAGAGCAGGCCGAGCUGGUAGAACAGGUCCCGGUCAGUGCUUCAGGUUAUACACUCAGAGUGCCUACAAAAAUGAGAUGUUAACCACGACAAUUCCAGAGAUUCAGCGGACAAACCUGGCCAAUGUUGUUCUUCUGCUGAAGUCUCUCGGUGUUCAAGAUUUGCUGCUCUUCCACUUUAUGGAUCCUCCUCCAGAAGAUAACAUGCUAAAUUCGAUGUACCAGCUCUGGAUUCUGGGGGCUCUUGACAAUACAGGUGGUCUGACUCCCACUGGCCGGCUAAUGGUGGAGUUUCCUCUUGACCCAGCUCUCUCUAAGAUGCUGAUUGUUUCUUGUGACAUGGGCUGUAGCUCGGAUAUCUUAAUCAUUGUAUCUAUGCUGUCUGUUCCUGCUAUAUUUUAUCGUCCAAAGGGUCGUGAGGAAGAGAGUGAUCAGGUACGCGAAAAAUUCUCUGUUCCAGAAAGUGAUCACCUGACCUACCUGAAUGUAUAUUUACAGUGGAAGAAUAAUAACUAUUCAACCAUCUGGUGCAAUGAACAUUUCAUUCAUGCUAAGGCAAUGAGAAAGGUUCGAGAAGUCAGAGCACAGUUGAAGGAUAUUAUGGUUCAGCAGAGGCUUAGCCUUGUAUCUUGUGGUUCUGACUGGGAUAUUAUUAGGAAAUGUAUAUGUGCCGCAUACUUUCACCAAGCUGCCAAGCUUAAGGGUAUUGGAGAAUAUGUGAAUGUGAGAACUGGAAUGCCAUGCCAUCUUCAUCCUACCAGUGCACUUUUUGGAAUGGGAUACACUCCAGAUUACAUAGUCUACCAUGAACUGGUUAUGACUACUAAGGAAUAUAUGCAAUGUGUCACUUCUGUGGAUGGAGAGUGGUUGGCAGAGCUUGGUCCUAUGUUCUAUAGCAUAAAGCAAGCUGGAAAGACCAGACAGGAAAAUCGUAGACGAGCCAAAGAGGAGAUCUCAGCAAUGGAAGAGGAGAUGUCAUUGGCGGAACAACAGAUAAAAGCCAGGAAAGAAGAACAGGCUAAAAAAAAUAGUCUGGGUAGUAUGAGGUCUACAAAAAUCUGUACUCCAGGUAGAAGGGACCAUGAGACUCCUAUGACUCCCAAGAGAACCCCUGCAAGAUUCGGACUUUAAGAGUACAAAACUGAAAUGUUUCUUCAGCAGCAGCAAAAGUGCUAAAUAAAGAAUCUGUGGCUGUGCUGUCUAUAUUGUAGUUUAAGUUUCAUUGUGAGCAGUUGUUCUUUUAGCUUUCAGUGCUGUAUUCUCUUUUCCUGUUUCAUUCAAAAAGACCAUUUGCAGUCUUCCAGUUGUUCCAGCAGAGGGGGCAGCUGUAUCAGAGAUAAGAGUGCUGCACAAAUAUAAAGAACAGUAUGCCCACUGCCACUCUGGACAUUGCUCUGGAUUGUAACAAAGAUGGCAAGGCCAUGAUCCUUUUAUAUUCUGAAUGUGUGCAGUUCUUUUGGAAACAUAAAUAGAUUUUAACAUAUAUUGUAAAAAAUGAACCUUAUGUAAAGCGAAAGCAAAGAGUUGACUCAAUAACAAAGAUUGCUAAAUGAAGAAUGAGGAACUUGCUGUGCUUAAAUGAUCCCCAGGUUUAAAACUCUGUAAAAUGCAUCCUGUCCGUGUUUUACUCGAUUAUGUUUUGACUACAUUCAUUUGUAUUUUUUGAUAGUUUCCAUUUCUAUUGGUAUUAAAGUAGCUUCACCAAUUUCUUUAAA